GGAUUCGUGCCUUUCUUGGAACCUCGCUAGAAAAGGGCGACUUACGAGGAGCCGGUCUCACUCAAACGGAGCUGCCUCUGCUUUUGCCGAACGACAAGAACUCUAUCGAAUUCCCCUGUGCUUUCCAGACGCAGCUCCCCAAAUUCGGCGCGGUAGGAGGUAAUUAUUACGAAUACCGAAAAACUGCACUGACGGCUCGACGAUGAGAAACAUAAACCCUCUGCUUAUGUACUACGGACCACGAACAGAUCUCCUUAAUUGAGCACUGUUCUCGAAAUAUAGAAAUUGCGCUUUGCGGCCCUCUAUGCCAAAUUCUCUCAAUAAGGUCGCCGUCUCCUCUUCCGCGGUCCGCCCCUUCAUUCCCUCCCGAUCGGCACCGUCUUCCCCUCCUCUGCUUAAUCGUACACCUUCCAUGUAACGACACAUUUGUCGAAUAUACAAUAUACGUCGGGGCCAGCCCCUCAUAUUCAUCAUAGACCAAGAUGUUCCAUUCGGUCCCCCUUCACGUAUAAAUAGUUCGUAGCUUGAGUAGCUUGUGGAGUUGACUGCGAGCCUCUGGUGUAAGCAAGGCAGGAGGAGGACGCGACCGAGGCCGGGUGCUGGAGCUGGGCAUGUCGGGAGGUUCAAACGACGUAAGAAAUUCUGACAGUCGUCCCGAGUAGAAGCUUAUUGCAGUUGAGUGGUGCGGAAUCCUUCGCAGCAGUAAGAUCCAUCGAACAUUGAGCACCAAUAUGUGGGGAUUUCUAAAACGACUGUGGAAAUUUGUCAGACUUGGGUUAGUCGCCGCCGGCCUCACCCUACUGGCAGCACCAGUUGUUGUGCCUGCCCUCGUGACAACUCUUGGAUUCACGAGUGCGGGUAUCGCCGGAGGCAGCUGGGCAGCGGGGUUCAUGGCCUCGUAUGGAGGACUUGUGAGUGCAGGUAGUGCCUGCGCUACUCUUCAGACGAUUGGAGCAACGGGCGCUCUGGGAGGGCCUAGUUUGUUGGCCGGAGCGGGAGCAGCGACGACUGCAUUGGCAGUGGCCCUCGGGUAAGGCCGGCGGUGACAAAUCUGCGGAUGCGGAGAUGGCCGCCGAGAACUAUUGCCUUUUCACUCCUUGAGCAAAACCCCACACGAGAAGCGCGUAAUUUGGGCAGUUGAAACUACACGACUGUACACGUACUUCCGAAAUUUUGUUAAUACAUCUCUGCUUUAUCGGUCAGACCAAUCAACGUGUUUUUUGUGUACGAGAAGUUUACUUCGGGCUGGCAAGACGAGCAUGCGAGCGACUAUUAUUGCUUCACUGCUUCUAAACGUAGUUUGCUUGGGAGAACUCAUUGAAUUGAGUUGUUGAUGAUUUCAUCGUGUUUUAAAUACUCG